CAACCUUUCUCUUCUUCUAUAAAAAGUCCGUUUUUCUUUUGCAUCCUCAUCAUUUAUAUUCAUUCUCAAACCCUAAAAAAAAUAAAAUUUGUUUUCGUUUAAGCCAGUCUUUGUAUCAAUAUCGAAGAUGAAGUUGGGAUCAAGUCAAAGCAUGGGAGGUUCAAAGAGAAGGGUGUCGAGUAGGGGACUUGGAGCUGUUCUUAAAGAACAAAGAGCUAAGCUUUACAUCAUUCGAAGAUGUGUUGUCAUGCUUCUUUGUUGGAACGAUUGAUUCUCCGCAGAUUCAUUAUCUCACUCAUUUCAAUCACGAUCGGAAUGUAUAAAAGGGUUUUGCUGGUUGGAGAGAGACCCCUCGUUUCGAAUCUGCCGAAAACCUCGGCUGACAAGGCCCGCUCGGAUCCGAGGUUGAUGCUAUAUUUUGUGGAAGAGUCGAUUAAAUGAUUAGCUUGUUUUGGUUUAGGUCUCUCAAUAGGUUAGCAGAUUCUUGUUGUUUGGAGCAAAUGUUGAAAUUUAAAUUACUUAGUUGAAGUGAAGGGCAAUAUUGUAAAUAUCUGCGACAUAUAAUAGAGAGAGUUGACAAAGUUUUGUAAGAGCUUUUGGCUUUGUUCUAUGACAUUCUAAAUAUAAAUGAUUUACGGCUAUGUAAAA